AUGGCUCCCCUGCUCUGCUCAGGACGUACAACGACGCCAAGGUCCAGCCCUUCUUCGUGGAGAUGGAUGGAUUGGAGGGCCGACGACUCCAACAACGAAAUCCACCACGCGAUCGGCGUCCACGGUGCAAUCUGCCAUCGACGAGGCCUCCAAUGCGGCUUCAUCUUCAACGCCGACGUGAAGUGGCGAGGCCGUGGUCGUCGGACAUGGUGGCGGCAGGCCGAAGAGUGGCGUGCUGGUGGAGUGCAGGAUCUGCCAGGAGGACGGCGACGAGACCUGCAUGGAGGCCAAUUGCUCCUGCAAGGGCAGCUUGAAGCUGAAUUGAAUAAGUGUCUCUUUCAGUAUGCUCAUCGGACAUGCGUCCAGAGGUGGUGCGACGAGAAGGGGGACACCAUAUGUGAGAUAUGCUUAAAGCAAUUCACACCAAACUACAAGGCUCCUUCCAAGCUGUUUCAGCAGGGAAGAAACUCCAUCUUCUUCAGUGUGGAGUGCAAUGCCUCGUACGAGUACCACUCCCUCUACGCCUACUUCGACCGGGACAAUGUUGCACUUAAGGGCUUUGCCAAGUUCUUUAAGGAAUCGAGCGACGAGGAGAGGGAACACGCGGAGAUGCUUAUGGAGUACCAGAACAGACGUGGAGGGCGGGUGAGGCUCCAGUCUAUCGUGACCCCAUUGACAGAGUUCGACCACUCUGAGAAAGGCGAUGCUCUGUAUGGUAAGUUUAUUUAUGGUUGUGGGUGUUUAUGCAUAUUCAGUUCUUAG